AACUCCCUCUGCCUUCUCGCCUCCAUCAUGCAUCGUUGCUCCCCCACCUAUACUGUUCAAGCACCCCGGAAUAGCCUGUUCACCAAACAAGGCCACGCAGGCACCAAUCCUCCAAUGCCCAAAGCUGGAGAAUCAUGCGCUCGCAUACAAUCACAUCCGUUCAUAACUCGCCCAGGGCCAAGGCCGCUACAAUCAUUCCACCGGUGCCAUCUUCGUGUUUCAGAAGAAGUUACACCCCGUUGUCUCACCCGCCACCCCGAGAGCGCCAUUGUUGAUGCACAGCAAUAUCAGCGUGGUGAGGUUCAAGUAUACUAUCACUACUAUAAACGGCGGGGCAUCAACCGUUGUCAACGCCAAACAUACGAACACCUCUGCAAAUAGUC